GACCUCUAUCUCAACAUCACCUCUGUUGUAUUUAAUGACAUGGGGUGGUUUGAGUGUCACUGUGGUAAGACUCAAGAAGAUGUAAAAGUUGUAGUUUUAGCCCCCAUUGUUGUAGGCCAACCUGCUUACAUUGGAUCUAAUUUUCAACUCAACUUCUAUAUCUUAACUAAAAAACAAACUCCUGACAGUGAGGUAAACAUCUACUGCAAAAAGGAUGGACAGACUGUUCUGAAUGUCACGGCAGGGAAUAUAAUCUAUGGCCCUCGGUUUGAGAACUGGGAUUCCUGGUCCAAAGAUGAUUACAGACAGGGACACAUUUCCCUCCCCCUCACUGACCUACGCCGUUCUGAUCAGGGGACAUACCUGUGUUUCUUCGGCCCUGACAAACAGAGAGGAAAUCCAGAAGCUGUUACUGUCACUCCCAAAGAGGAGCACUGCGACGACACAGGAAGGCCAACAAUGGUGGUGGUGGUGGUUGUUUUGGUGUUCAUCCUAGCUGCUGCUAUUUUCUAUUUUCUUGGAGGUAGAUUGAAAGAAACAAUGGCUGCGUGGUUUAAAGGGAAUUGUUUGAGAUCUCAGUUCAGUCCCUGUCCAGAAGGUGAACAGGGUGGGGAGCAUCUCUCUGUCACCAUAAGUGAAAGUGAAUCAGAGACAGAAGAAGACAGGACUGGGACAAGGACAUGUUGUGUCCCCUUUGCACCUGCUUGUAUCAUCAGAGAUUGGUUAGAACCUCCCUCUACCACAGGCCUUGUUACCAAUGGUACUGAUGGAACUCCCUCUACCCCAGGCCUUGUUAUCAAGGCUACUGAUGGACCUCCCUCUACCCCAGGCCUUGUUACCAAUGGUACUAAUGGACCUCCCUCUACCCCAGACCUUGUUACCAAUGGUACUGAUGGACCUCCCUCUACCCCAGGCCUUGUUACCAAGGCUACUGAUGGACCUCCCUCUACCCCAGGCCUUGUUACCAAUGGUACUAAUGGACCUCCUUCCACCCCAGGCCUUGUUACCAAUGGUACUGAUGGACCUCCCUCUACCCCAGGCCUUGUUACCAAGGCUACUAAUGGACCUCCCUCUACCCCAGGCCUUGUUACUAAUGGUACUGAUGGACCUCCCUCUACCCCAGGCCUUGUUACCAAGGCUACUGAUGGACCUCCCUCUACCCCAGGCCUUGUUUCCAAGGCUACUGAUGGAACUCCCUCUACCCCAGACCUUGUUACCAAUGGUACUGAUGGAACUCCCUCUACCCCAGACCUUGUUACCAAUGGUACUGAUUGACAUUCCUCUAUCCUAGGCCUUGUUAUCAAGGCUACUGAUGGACCUCCCUCUACCCCAGGCCUUGUUACCAAGGCUACUGAUGGACCUCCCUCUACCCCAGGCCUUGUUACCAAGGCUACUGAUGGACCUCCCUCUACCCCAGGCCUUGUUACCAAGGCUACUGAUGGACCUCCCUCUACCCCAGGCCUUGUUACCAAGGCUACUGAUGGACCUCCCUCUACCCCAGGCCUUGUUACCAAUGCUACUGAUGGACCUCCCUCUACCCCAGGCCUUGUUACCAAGGCUACUAAUGGACCUCCCUCUACCCCCAGCCUUGUUACCAAGGCUACU